AUGGAACAGAUUGUGGAUAUCCAGGAAUUGGUUCUGAAGAAUGCCAUUCCAGAGGAUGCUGCUUCAACUCCUCCAUUCCCGGGGACAAAUGGUGCUUCUACCCCAAUGACAACAAUGAGACGCAGUGCUCGGUGA